AUGUCGAUACCACAUAACGGCUUGCGCGACCCCGAGAAGGAGACGAAGGACGACUAUGACGCGCGCGUCGGUUCGAUCGACCAAGGGUUCCGCGACGAGCACACGGCCUACGGCGUCGCCGUCGACGAGAAGGGCCACACGGUGCUCGAGGGCACGUUCGACCCGGUGUACGAAGCGAAGGCGCGCGUGUUGAACCGCGCUAUUCAGGACAUCGGCAUGGGGGCGUACCAGUGGCAGCUGUUUGUCGUCAUCGGCUUCGGCUGGGCGUCGGACAACAUGAUGCCCAUCGUCACCUCGCUCAUCCUCCCCGUCAUUGCCAAGGAGUUCAACCCCGUGCACAAGGAGUUCCUCCCGCUCGCGCAGAACCUCGGUCUGCUCGCCGGCGCCGUCUUCUGGGGUCUCGGCGCGGACGUCAUUGGCCGCAAAAUCGGCUUCAACCUCACCCUCGGCAUCACGGCCGUGUUCGCCAUGAUCGCCGCAAGUUCGCCGAACUUUGCGGCGAUUGCUGUCUUUGACGCUCUCUGGUCCUUCGGCGUCGGCGGAAACCUCCCGAUCGAUUCGGCCAUCUUCCUCGAAUUCCUCCCGGCCUCGCACCAGUACCUCCUGACCGUUCUGUCAGUCGACUGGGCGCUCGCCCAGGUCGUCGCCACCCUGAUCGCCUGGCCGCUGCUCGGCACGCUUACCUGCUCCGACGCGGAGACCUGCACGCGGUCUCAGAAUAUGGGCUGGAGAUGGUAUGUGAUCACGAUGGGCGGUAUCCUCCUGAUCAUGUUCAUUAUCCGCUUCAUCUUCUUCCACAUUUACGAGUCGCCCAAGUUCUUGAUGGGCAAGGGCAAGGAGGAGGAGGCGGUCCGCGUCGUGCACGAGGUCGCGCGCCGGAACGGCAAGACGGUCAACCUCACCGUCGACGACCUUAAAGCGUGCGAGCCCGAGGGUUAUGUUGGACGCACUGAUGCGACCGAGGCGCUCCGUCGCAGUCUACUAAAGCGUGUCAACAUGUCGCACGUCCGCUCGCUGUUCAGCACGCCUCGCAUCGCCUUCAGCACCAGCAUGAUCAUGCUCAUCUGGCUGAUCAUCGGUCUCGCCUACCCGCUGUACAAUGGCUUCCUGCCCCUCCUCGUCUCCAACUCGGGCAGCAGCACCUACAUCACGUACCGCAACAUGCUGAUCAUUGCCGUGCUCGGCGUUCCCGGCGCCAUCAUCGGCGCCAUCCUCUCCGAGUGGCGCUUCAUGGGGCGCAAGGGUGUGCUCGCGAUGAGCACGGCCCUGACCGGUGUCUUCCUCCUUUGCAACACGACGGCGCGCACAAACCCGAACGCCCAGCUCGGAUGGAACUGCGCGUACAACUUCUUCUCAACAAUCUGCUACGCCAUCCUGUACGCUUAUACGCCAGAGGUGUUCCCGACGUUCUCUCGUGGUACGGGCAACGCUUUGACCGCGUCCUGCAACCGUGUCAUGGGCGUCAUGGCUCCCGUCAUCGGCAUCUACGCCAAGGCCGGCACCUGGGUUCCCGUCUACGCCGCCGGCGCCAUGUUCAUCGCCGCCGGCCUGCUCGCCCUCAUCCUUCCCUUCGAGUCUCGCGGCAAGGCGAGUCUCUAA